UAAAUAAAUAAAAGCAAACAUCAUGGCUUCUACAAAAAAUGAGGAGAAAGUGAUUCUGGAAGCAGAUACGGUUUUCUUGUUAAUGAAGAAAGGAUUUCCUAUAUCUCGCAAUGUAAGGGCUCAAUGGAUGUUAGAGCAUUUAGAUACUGUGAUAAGCAUUCAGUGCUCAAAUUUUAAAACCAAGGAAGCAGCAGAACUGGAAACCGUAUCGGUGUUACCAAAAAAUAAAAUCGAAUCUUGGUCUUCUGAAACGAGCCAUCAAUAUCUUUACAAAGUGACUUCUACAACUUCAGUGAUAUUCCUGGCGCACAAAUAUAGGAUGGUGUUUAAUUUAGACUUAAGUCCAUCUCUUGCAACUGUGGAUAUACAACAUGGCGAAAUAGUUAUAGAUGAAGUAUAUAUGGCAACGAAACGUUUCUUGGAAAAUAUUAUUAGACCUUUUACGAUACCAGGAAGCAAAAGAAUAAUGCAACCAGAAAUUUAUGUAACGAUAAUAGCUCAUACUCCAUUUUUUAUAAGCCCUGCCCAGCAAGUUCUGGUACAAGGAUGGCUAGUAAAUGUGGAUAACGUUAAUCAACUUACGAAUUUCAUAGAGAAUCAACUUCAUAUAUUAGAAGAAAAGGUAGCGUGUGUUACCGCUGUAGCUAGUCAACAAUUGGAGAAUUUAAAGGCUGAAAGUGAACGAUUAGUCGGAGGGCUGUUCGAAGAGAACGGCGCUUGUUUAAACAAAAAUAAUAAUACCUAUAUUGCCAGUACCUCAAUAAUCUCUCCGGAAUCUAGUUUUAUCAAUAUGUUGAGGUACGGCAUGUUGGCGCUUACUCUACUACCGGAACAUAGUUGUGCACAUAUGAUAAUCGUGUCGGAUGGUAUAGUAGGCAAUACCGAUGUUCAUAUCUUAGAUUCUGUUAUACAACAGUUACGUGCAACAACAAUUGCAUGCAGUUUUCUACAUGUUGGAAGCACAUAUCAUCCUCACUGUGCUGAUGGUUUAGUCCCAUAUCAAGAUUUAUUACAUUUUAUUUCAAGAGCUACGUUGGGUACUUAUAUGUCUUUUAUUCCAUAUUCCGUUCAUUUAAACGAGACAGAAAUGAAUAUUUAUCAUAAAAAUUUUUUAUGUUGGCAAUUAUAUCGUGAAGUAUGUUGUAACGUUGUACCAGAUUAUUCAAAUUGGCAUUCUAAGAAUUUAUUAUUUUACGAACAAAAAUCUACGCAACUUUUACAAAAAAAGCAGGUCGAGGAUAAGGUUACCUGCACAUUAAGCAGUCUAUUAUGUUGUCGUCUUCGAGAAGGAUAUUUGAUAAAACGUGCCAAUGUGAGGGAUGAAGUACUUGAAAUUUGCUUUGUACUGUUAUGGAAAUCUAGUGUAUUAUUGGAAUACAUAGUAUCGUGUCCUUGGUUAACAAAAUCAUUAUCCGCAUCUAAUAUAAUACAGUAUACAAUUACUAUAGAAGCUCCUUAUGAAUUUUUACAUGAUAUUACAUGUUUGUCCAAAAAGCCAUUGAAAUCUCAAUAUAGACAAGGUGUUGUCAAUCGAUUUUGGGCAACAUUAACAUCUUUAACAGAAAGUGACAGUAUGCUUGCACACUUCAGUUGGUUUCCUGAAUUUGGUUGGACUUGGUAUAGUGUACCAGACACUAUUAGGAGUGGCAUGCCAGUUUUUUAUCUAUCAGCUUAUCCUUCACCUAGUACAGUGCAACUUAGUGAUGCUGCAUGCCCACAAUUUGGACAAAUUUGGCAACCUGUAGUGUCUUUAAAUCCUUUACAAUGGGCUCGUUGGAUGCAUACACAAAGAGUAACACUUAUUUUAUCACACGAUAGACCAUUGCCAAGGCAUUUACACCAAGCAAAUCAAAGUGGUCGUUUUCAAUGUGUUCAAAGCCGCCAGGCAGCUGCCGUCCUCUAUGCCAUGUUAAAAAAUUGGGCAACCUUUGUCCUUGUUGAAAAUCAUACAUAUGUACAGUUUAUUUAUCGAGAAGCUGAUAAACCUCCAGUUUCAUUUUCAUUGAUUCGUAUCAACUGCAAAGCUCUCUGUGUUAUUCUUAAUAUUGCAUUCGCAGCUGGCACAGAAGGAGUUGUUCGACACAAUGUUGUUGUAGAUCUUCUAGAUCGAUUAUCUAAACUUACUUUACCAAAUAGACCUACAGAACAGAAAGAAACACCUUCUUGUACUAUCAUUCAUAAAUCUUUGGAAAAGAUAUUAAUCAGAUACGAGCGAAUGCCAACUGACUUGAAUUCAGUUGUAUUUCCUGAUGGAACUCAAACCACAUCGAGUAAAGUUACACCGAUGUUAGGUGGAACUUUGACAACUAGUUUGUCUAGAUACUUAUAUCACAGUCGAUGGCUUUGGUACGUGAAACGACCGUUUGUACAAACCAUUCCUGGAAUUGUAUUACCAAGGUUGAAUAUAACUGCAAUUGCAAGGAUUCUUUCUACAAUUACAAAAAUGCGUUUAGCUGAGGGUUUCAAUUUCACUUAUUCAGCGGCUGGUAUCGUAAAUAUGGUUCUUGAAGUACAGAUGCGUGGAGUUGGAGAAAGUAAUACAUCAUAUCCGUGUAUUAUUCAGUACAUCCUUUUUCCGCCACAUGUUAUGUCCACUACAACAUUAGAACGUGAUAGUGCAUCAGAAGAAGAUACCGACGAAGGCACUGCAGAUGGCGAAGUGAGUGUAGAGGACGUUGAGGGUUCUGGCGAUUUUCAAAUUAUUUCCGAAAUUUGGAUCGAACCUCAGUGUGGUUUUUCUCAACUACCCAUGCAGUCGACAGCAACAUACAUGCAUCGUCUGCAAUAUUACGAGAUUCCAGAUGCUAUUGCUCGGAUAGACGAAGAAUGCAUCAAUGCGUUGUUGACGUUAGAGUACUUGAGCUUGUUGAGUCAAGUAGUACCAAAUGAAAAGAAUACCGAGAUUAUUUAUGGCCAAGCUCCGCACCAUGACAUCAAGUUACCGAAAAAAUAUAAAAAUGUCAAGAAUAGUAAUUGCACCGUUGAAGAAUCAUGCGAAGGUCUGCCAUCUGUCGACGAAAGGAUACACAUGAUGCAUUUCUCUUUCGACACACUGAAUAUAUUGCCAAAAUGUCAACAAGCCGAACUCUUGUUUUCUAUGUUUGCUGACGGUACAGCUCACAACGAUAAAGGUCAAGGAAAUGCAAAUAAAACAUUAAUGGACAACUUUCUGGAACACAUGAAACAGUUACACAAUAAGGAACUCCUAUUAACUUCAGCCGAGUCACAAAGGUUCACAAAAAUGCUUUUUGAUAGACGUCGAAUCGGUGGACCACCUUUGCCAUUCUUUUCUCAAACAGAGAAACCGUCUUCCAAUACUGAGCCCAACUUUUACCCCCGUUGGAAAUGUUUCAUCAAAGGCAUCAGCACAACCCACGUAAUUAUCACGAUCUUGCCUGCAUCAGAAAAGGACGUACGGUUGUUCAUGUCCCCUUCGAACACAGAAGAUCAUUUAACGAGCAAUAAUUCGGAAAAGAACUGCGAGACUGUUACAUUCAAGAUGGAUCUAUGCGAAAACUAUCUAUAUUCGAAAAUUCCCACGACAGAUAUUAACGUGACCGAUUGCUCUACAAACGACGACUCGAAAUUGUAUAGUCACUGUAUCGAGGACAGUGCAACUGAAACGGACGCGCAGAAAAGAUUUCACGAUUACGAAGAAUCCCUCGUGAUUCCUGUUUACGUGUACGACUGCUCGCUGGCUCUGCUAAUCGAUACAUUGGUCGAUAAAUUAAGAAUAUCGCAUAACAAGGAUAUUUAUCAGGACCACACGUUCAGAGUCGGUCAGCAAGAUUCCAAAGAUUUCGUCGAAUUGAAGACAGAUUAUAAUUCGAAACCUUCCACUCCGGAGCCAAAAAGCGAGGAUUCUGACAAUACAUCGGGUGAUCAACGAAGCCUUAUGGAGCAUUGUAAACUGUUAAGUUUGGCACACUGUCACUGCUAUGUGGUUGCGGUUUAUAAAUCAUUGGUGCUACAACAACCUCUUACUUACGACGACAUGGAAGCUGCUGUAGAGCAAUGCGAGGAAACUCUGAUUGAAAUUAAUAUAACGAAUUAUCUCCGAUCCGUAUGUAGGCAUUUGAGCAAAUUAUCGGAGAAAGACUUAUUAGACAAAUUGAAUCCUUUUGCGUGCGACGAUGUUAAGCCGUUGCACAAUUUAAUUAAAGAGAAAUUUGAACGGAUAAUCACAGUCGCCUUUAGAACUGUGCCUGCACAUCCAGAAUUUUAUUAUUGCUCGCCAUCUUGGUCCGAGAAUGAAACGGACCACGCAGAAUUUCAAAAAUCGGACAGCGAUAACGAAAUAGAGAACCUUAUGUUCCAUUCGAAUAUUGAUUGCACAUCGCACAAUAUUAACGGAAAAGGAAAUGUAACAUGGCCAGCCAGGAAUGUCAACAAUGUCUCGAAAAUUUCAAGGCAUGGCUCAUCGGAAUCCGUGGACAGUGAUUUACAGCAAAAAUGUAUUUAUGAAAAAGAACAACCUCUGUUCUUGCAAUUAAGUUGUUCCAUUCGGUUUCAAUCUAGAUCCGGUCUUAGUAGCAUCCCUGUGAAAUCUCUGCCAACGUGUUUCAUGGAAAUUGUGAAGAAAAUGGAAGAUUACAAAGAAGAAGAUAUAGCUGACUUAAGUUUGGUUGAUUUGAAAAUCACACUGGACAUUAUUUGUUUAAAUCUUCCAAGAGAAGUGUUGGAAAUAAGUUUGGAACGGUAUUCUGGUUUAAGAGCAACGUCAUUUUGCAGUGGUUCGCCUAUGGGUAGUUUGCGAACUGAAAGUGGGAGUAGCCUAGAGAAUAAUGCUAGAAACGAAUUGUUUCAAGAAAAAAUGUCUCACUUGCCUUUAAGCCAACAUAACGCUAUAAGCAAUUUAAAAGACGAAAUCGAGUGGCUUUUGCAGGAUGAAACUGCAACCGCGUUUUUAGAUCAACCUUUCAUAAAUGAGGAUGUCUUGAAUUUCGUUGCGAAUCACGUUUCUGAAUCAACCGACAGAUUUAGCUGCAAAGUGGAAAAAGUUCCUUUACAUUUUGUAUUUUCUUCGGACGAUAGCAAACCUAAGUUUAUAAGCGAAUUGAAGAAGCUUCAGAUUGAUAAGUAUUGUAUUCGUCAAGAAGGAAAUCUGUUUUAUUUUGUGAAGAAUAUGAAACAAGAAUCGAUCGACGUUACUCAAGAACAGUUUAGGAACGAAAAAAUAGGAUCAAAAACGAAAGAUGGUAGUGGCACAGAAAACAUGGAUCAAGAGAAAUUGCACGAAAGUACCAGUCAUAAUACAGAAAAUAAUCUCAGUACAGAAUUGAAAUCCCAAGAAUCCAAUCAUGAUGCUGUUAAUUUAAAUAACGAAAACGAAAAUGUUGAUAAUGAAUAUAAAGGAAAUAGUAUAUCUGAGAAUAGAUUUCAAUGGCUGAUAGACCUUGAUAACCGUAAAAGUUCCUUACCCAACUUCUGGUUAAUUUUAAACGUUGAGAAUGAUUAUGUUAAUGUAUACUUUCACUGUAGGUUUUUAGAAAUCAAAUCACCAGAAGUAAGCAGUUACUGGCAUACUCAAAAAAUGUUGGUCUCCCAAAUAAAAAGUACCUGCCGUCGAGUAAAUCAAUAUUUGCUUCUGCAACAUCUUCAUAAGACAAGUAAAUGCUCGGAACUUCUGGAAACAGAAUCAAGUGAAGACUACAAUUGGAAAUCACAGACGACAAACGAGUUCGGUAAUGUGGUACAAAACAGAGACUCGGUGCAGAACUUCACCCCAGGAAUGUUUCGAUGUCGCGUCGUUUGGAAAUUCACUUUUCAACUGCACCCUCGAUUGAAAACCGGUCCAGGGAGGUCAGGGCUUUCCCGUGGCAUAAAAGCUCUGCACGGUGUACUUAAUAGGUUCGCUGUUAGCAAUCGUAGCAACAUGUUCGUAUAUCAAGAAAACAACAAAAAUGUGUUUUACCUGAGAUUACACGAGCAAAUUAGCGAUGGGAAAACUUUGCAGAACAAAUUAUCUGAAAGCGACGAACAACUGGUUGUUUCCCGAAGCAAUAGUGUAGUCUCGUUAUCGCAAGUUAAGCUAAACGAAAAUGUCACGUCAAACGACACGAGACCUAGAGUUCGAUCCUUCAGCGAGAAGGAGUCAAAUGUUUUGAAUAAAACCGAAGACUCGAUCGUUUUAAUGGUACAUGGCAUUUCCGAUGCUGGGCCAGAAGUUAAACGCGACUUGGUACAAGUCCUGCAGAAUCGCCUAGACGACGCAGUUUUAGAAGUUUUGACCGUCAUGUUAGCGAGAAAUCCAAUGUGUAAAUUGACACCUGCCGAUGUUCAUUUUAUGCAGCCACCAAAAUCCCCGGAGUCUAUCAUACGGCUAAAUGUACAGAAACAUUGCUACAACAACAUAACUGCUUUAGAAUUUUAUUUGCGCCAAAAUAUACUUCAGUUCCUGUAUAUACCAAAAUAUACCGAUAACAGGGUAGAAUAUCAUUUCCAAGACUACUCGCAACUCGAAGGAUCUACCAAACGAAUUUCCGAUUCCGAUAUUUUCUUGUACAACCAAAGUCAUUCCAGUGGAAGCAAAGGGAUCGCUUGUAUAGCUUUGACUAUCACAGGAGGACACGGUGAUUUUAUCAAAUCGUUAGAAACCGAGCUUCCCGAAAGCUUCCCUGAUGUGAUAAACGUGAAAGAUUUCGAAAAUAUCGUAUCAACGUCAGUUUACGAUAAAAACACCACAGAAUCACCGCCGUUGAUCGAAUUUAAAAUUUGGAAACAGGGCAGGGUGAAUCUGGAAUCUUUGCUACAGAAAUUGUGUUCCGCGGUGAAACAUGCAAUUUGGGAUUUGGUUACGGAAUAUAAAUUUUUGUCCACUCCUUUAACCGAGCCAUUUGCAAAACAUAGUCAAGAGAAAUCGGUUGAAAUUAAGGAAAAUCAGACUGCUAAGAGCGAAACUGUGCCCAAAAUGAUGCACGAUCUGAGUUUUGAUAAGUUCGAGGCAGGUGAAGAGGGAAAGUUACACAGUAUCUAUUGUGUAACAUUGUCGCAAUGGUUUCGAUUUGCUUUGGAAAUCGAAGUUCCAUCGGUGAAGAAGCACGAAGUGAUUCUGAAUCACAGACAUCCAAUAUUGACGAUCAUUACAGAAUUGGAAAGUCUUAUUCAAAAUCAAGCACCGGAUACUUUUAGCAGAGCAUUCGUUUUAAAAGACAGACAACCCUUUAUAGAGAAAUAUGUUUCAAACGAUGGAUUAUUAUUAGGACUGAAGAAAAGUAAAUGUUCAGAGUCAAAGAAUGCAGAAAGCUUGCCUCUCUAUAUACCAUGUGAUUUUACUAAGGAUGUACAGGGAACUUAUACCAAAUGUAUUUUAAUAGCUAGGAAUUUUCACCAAUGGAAAGCCUCGUUCAGCAACACAAUUCAACCAGAACUACUUAUUCCAAAAGGUCAGAAACUGUUGCAAAAAUUUAAUCCUUUGAUAUUGGAAUCUAAUUUUGUAUCAAGGCAGCGAAUAUUACUUGCUGAAAUCCGAAGUGACAAUAUAACACUUUAUAUGUAUAAUUGGUCAAAAGAAAAAUCAGAAAAAUUAAUAAAACAAACCACCAAUUUGGGUACGUGGCUGUCAUCAAGAUCUAACUUCUUUACAAACGUAAUAAUGCAGAAAUUAGGAAUAUUUCAUCACCGACCAAGUGUGUCAAGGGAGCAUGCAAAUUCACAAUACCUUCAAAUUAUGGAUAUGGAAAGUUUAACAAAAUUUUCUGCUAUACCACAUAACGAUGGAAAAGAUUGGACCAGAUUGAAUAACAGGACUCAAAAUAUAAAACAUAAUCAGUAUUCUUGGAACGAAGUAAUAGGUCAAACAAUGCGUGAUGUAAAACCUAAUAGUUAUUUUCACAGCAACAUGGACCCAACAGUGAAAGCUGUUUGCGAUUUACAAGACUUGCGAUCUCGUGAAAAAAAAAUAAAAGAAGAUUUAAAUAAGUUAUGCGCAAUGUGGCAAAGCCGUAGUGCUGCUCCAAAUAUUCCAAUUUCAACCACUGCUUUAAAUACAUUCAAACAAUACUCACGUUUAAUACAUUUUUGUCACACGCCAUUAUUAUUUUUACCUUCAUGGCGUUUACAAUCUGCUGCUACAAGAGAUCACUCACUUACAGUGCAAUCAUCCUUAAAUACAGGCAUCAAUGUAUAUCAUCAACUAUCACAGCAAAUGCAAAAGAAUCAAGAUGAACAAGCAGAUAUUGUGAAAUGGCAUAAAGAAUUAUGCAGUUUAAUGUUAUCUGAAUAUAAGCAAUAUCUUCAUUCGUUAGGCUUUAAUUCUGUACAAAUAGAACCAUCUGAUAAAAGUUUUGAGGAACAAGUUCAACAACAAUCCUACUAUCUUAAAAAAUCAAUGCUGGGAGGAGUACUAUUAUUUGAAAUUCACUUAUCACAGCCAUUUUUCAUUGUUAAAUUACAUAUUAUUGAAUGCAGUCGACUUCAAACAAAAGCUAGUAGUGCUCUAGUAAAUCAAUUUAUGCUAAGUUUUGUGGAUGCAUGUGACAAAAUCAAAAUUAGUAUGCAUCUGCAUUCGUUUACAUAUGAUUUUCAUUUACGUUGCAUCCAUUCAUACAUAGCUGGGACUGGACCUUGGUUAGUGCAGCAGGGGUAUCAUCUCAUUCAUUUCCUUGAUGACUUUAAUAAAUAUUAUAGCAAAGCACCAAAUUAUGCAAGAAAUCUUAUAUAUAGUGAUGUAGUGACUAUUCGCAAUUUAGCGAUAUCCGGUCGGACAUUAUAUUCUUAUUUAUUAUCUCAUGAGAAGACUUAUAACAUGCGUGUAUUCGUAAUGAAAAAUGAUCACCAAGAUUCUGAAGAAAGUGAAUAUGUUUUAGUAAGUUUGAAGAGCACUCCUUUGAUUAGUUAUUGUGACGCACAUGAUACGAAGUAUGCCGAUGAUUUCGAUGUUGCUCUCAUCGUAUCACAUCUUGAACAACUCCCACAUGUGGAUAAAACAGAAAUUAUUUUAAAAUAUUAUUUAAUGUUAACAAGCAAACGAGAAUUAUAUCCAAAAAGAGAGGUAGAAAAUAACAAACUAGGAAAGUUUCGUACGGUAUACAAUAUCGACAAGUCUACAAAUACCUAUACUGAACCUGUUACUGAUACUCCAAAUGAAUCUUCUUCGGAUUUUCAAGAAUAUAGACAAGAUUCAAAUGAUAAGAAAAAUGAUUCUAAAUUAUACAGUUCUAAUAUGGGUACUAACUGUAAUAGCACAGGUGCACCAACGCCACCACCAGUACCUAAUUCUCCAUUAACUCAAAAUGUAAAUCCUCCAAAUGUCUCAGUGAAUUCUCCAUCUCCACACUUGAUUCAAAUACGGCAAGAGUCGAUUAAUUAUCUAGGUUAUUAUUCUUCACACGAACAACUAAUGCAACAAACAAUAAAGUCUCAAGCAAAUGCAGCUCGCAUGCAUAUAAUGAAUAUGAUAAAACGUGGCGCAUUACAAUGCAGAACACAUCUCCUUUGGAAUAAACUAUUAGAAAGUAAAUCUGCAAUGAAUUAUAUAGAAUUUUCCGAACUUUGUUCUUUGGCUCAUGUUGAACCUUUGUCAAAUUUGGAUCCAAGAUUAAGACCAUUUAUUAAUCAACCAAUUUCUUGGUAUCAAACUUUAUCAAAAGUCUUGCAAAAUAAAUAUCAAGAACAUCAUAAACAAUUCAAUACACCAGAUGGAAAUAUUACUCAUUUACUUAUAUUGCAUCCAAGCUUUUUCCAAGUUUUUAUGAUGUUGACUAUAGAUUUACAUGCUUCACGAGGGGACUUGUAUGCAGUUUAUUGUAAAUCAGAAGAAGUGAUUCCAUCUCCAACGCCAUGCUGUAUAGAGGAUACUUAUAAUCUAAUAGAAGGAUUUGUAAAUGCUUGCUGUUUCCAUUUAUGGAUGAGUCUCUACAGUUAA